AUGCAAACCCGUGGGAACCGUCUAGACUACUUCGCUUUAAAUGAUGGACCUGAAGACUGGAUUUCUAGCCAGGAAGAGCCGGUCCCAUCCUCCCCACCCUUUGGCGAUAGUCAAUCAGCAAUCGGUACCAAGAUCGAUUCUCUUCUUGAAUCUUUCGAUGAAGUUUUACCUUCAGAAUCCGCCUCCCAGCAACCAGCCACGAGUUCGCUAAGCUCGAAUCCACGCCAAAAGAAUGAUUGGAUGUAG